AUGGAUAUCGUUCUUGAAAUUGCCGAUACGUUCUACUUCGACAAGGCAUACGCCCAGCUACUUCCCAAAGAUGGGGCCGUUGCCCGCUGGGUGGGCGAAACUUUUCCCGGGAACUCGCUUGCAAAUACCACUGCCAUUUCUGGCUCAACAGGCUUGCCGGCACCACUCACAUAUCUUCUCAAUGCUGUACAGUCGCUACAGAACAAGAACGAUGUGUAUGGGCAGUCACCACCCUUGAUGUUUGACGUGACCGAAUACGCUGACCAGUCUUUCCUCGGCAGGAGCAAUUUGUUACGUGAGUUCAUCACGAUCGAAAUCAUCACCGUGAUUUUCGGCUGGAUCCUUUACUUCCUAGUUGCAUCCUUAUCUUAUGUGUUUGUUUUUGACAAGAAGAUCUUCAACCAUCCCAGAUACUUGAAGAACCAGAUGUCGUUGGAGAUCUGGCGUGCCUUCACUGCAAUCCCUAUCAUGGUGUUGCUUACAGCUCCGUUUUUCUUGAUGGAGUUGAACGGGUAUUCGCGCUUGUAUCUCAACGUGGACGAGUCUACGGGCGGCUGGAAAUCGGUUUUGUUCCAGUUUCCCGCCUUCAUUCUCUUCACGGACUGUGGUAUCUACUUUAUCCACCGCAUCUUGCACUGGCCUUCCAUAUACAAGAGACUACAUAAGCCCCACCACAAGUGGAUUGUGUGUACCCCAUUUGCCUCGCAUGCUUUCCAUCCUGUGGAUGGCUGGGCCCAGUCUUUGCCUUAUCACAUCUAUCCAUUGCUCUUCCCUUUGAACAAGGUUUCGUACUUGUUUUUGUUCACGUUCGUCAAUUUCUGGACUGUCAUGAUCCACGAUGGCAGCUACUGGUCUAACGACCCUAUAGUAAACGGAACUGCCUGUCACACGGUUCAUCACUUAUACUUCAAUUAUAACUACGGGCAGUUCACAACAUUGUGGGACAGAUUGGGGAAUUCCUAUAGACGCCCAGACGAUUCGUUUUUUGUCAAAACCGAGAAAACUGAAGACGAGAAGUUGUGGAAAGAACAAACAAGAAAGAUGGAGAUCAUUCGUGGAGAGCUCGAGGGCAAAUCUGACGACAGGGUCUACAUUGAAGACAAGUGA